AUGCCGAACAAUUGGUUGUUUUUUAUGGAUCUUGAUGGGGGAUCAUCUAACAUGCUUCCAAUGGAUCCACUUGUGCCGCAUACUCUAGGGGCACAUUUGUUGUCCCACAUUAGUUCAUUUGUUGACAGUUCUCUUUACCACGCUAGAUUCUUGUAUGCCCCUGGAAGUUUGGCACUUCGGGAAGCUUUCAACUCUGUUUCAAAAUUUGCUGGUGCUCUACUAUUUUGGUUUGCUAGUGGGUCGAAUUCCAAUAUUAAUCGCCCAUUAUCCGGAAACUCCGCUUCAGAUAAUAAAAGCUAUAAUUCUUUAAGACAAGUCAAGCAAAUUAGUUCCACAAGACAUAACCUUAAAGGAUUUCACUAUAAUUCAAGAUUGAAAGGUGUUGUCCCUAUGAUUUUUGGUAAGGUUUCUAGUUUCACUGUGGGAAAACUGUGCAAACAAGCUGAACAACUACAAUAUUUGCCAUUGCUCUCACUAGCUGCAGCUCUGGUACCACCAUUGGACAAUGUAUGUCCGAGUGUACUAGCUAUUCCACUAGAGAAUUGUGAUAUUGAAACAAAGAGAUGCAUGAAUCAAAGGCUCUGUGAUGUUGAGCACGGGGAAUGCAGUGAUCUUUCCUUCCGCAAUUUAAAUUGGACACAUGCAGUUGAGCCUAGAACCGGCAUUGAGUUCCCUACUAUCUUGGAGAACAUAUUAUCUGCAGAGAAUCAUUCCAAGUUUUCAUCAGAGGUUGGCAUGUGA